UCGCACCAAAUUUCUCUGCAUCUUUUUUUUUUCUUAUAUACGUUAUUAUCCACGAUUUUGCUGGUAAUCCUCAUCCAUUUGAUUUCGCUGCGUCAGCUGAAAUUGGGGUGCUUUAAAUUUUUAACUGUAUACUGAUUUAGGCUACGCGUUCCGGAUGAAUUUGUUGCCAAUUCGGGCUCGAGGCUUGCCCGGAUCGUUUCCCAUUUUUUGGGUUUCGAUUAUUAGAAUUUGGGAGCGUCUUAGAAAUUUUAACAUUAAUCUUCAUUCCUUGUUAAACAAAUCAGACAAAAUUCUCCCAAAAGGUGAAUAGUAGGGGCAUUAGGGGAUUGGAGGAUCAGGACAACAUUUUGGCCUGUAUGUCUUUUCUUUUCCACAGAGCAGAUUGUUAAUGCUGUAUGUGGUUCAUGAGUGAAACUCGUGGUCCAAUUUAGGACCAGUUUAGCACGAAUUGCAGGUGACAUGCUUUUCGGCAUAUGUGCCUCUGGUUAUUUUCUAUUGAUGGGGAUUUUGUUUAUUUAAGGUGACAUACUUUUAGCUUUUGGUCAUAUACUAACCAGUAAUUGCAAGCUGGUUUCUUCGUGUAGUAACUUGAGUGAUUGUAUGGAUUGCUUUAUCUUAGCAGAUUGUUAUCUUAGAUGUUUUAACUCCAGUUAUUCUUAACCCACAUAAGAUUUUUAACUGUUUUAGUCAUUCUUAACUUCUUUUCCCUGAUCCAUUCCAUUUUAGUGACUGAAAAAUUCUUGUUUCAGCAUUCUGCUCAAAAUGCUUAAUGAGCAUACAAGCAAAGAAUGUAGUCAGAGCAACCAGAAGUUAUGCAGCAUAAACUAAGUUGAAUAAACUAAACUGCAUUCAGUAUUUUUUAAGAUAGCAAAUUUUCCUCCUUGUUUCUAUUCGGUGAUAAAUGCAAAGGUCCAUAAUACUUUUACUAGCUUUUCCAAAUAAUCGCUGACCAUGGUUGAGUGGAAUAAAUGGUAUGCAUCUGCUGUUAAGGUCAAUACUUUAUUUAGCAGUAUUUUCUUUGCUAGUAGAAAACUCUUUUAUUUUGCUCGGAUCUUACUAUAUUGUAUAAUGAUUUAGGUAGAACUAUGGAAGGGCAUAUUGUAUUGGGAACAUUUAUAGGAACCCUAUUGCAUUCCAAGAGAUGUAUGAGGCACAAUGACCACCCUACAAUGAGAGCUUCCUGUUCAUUCUUUGCAUGGAGCUUUGCGCACUAACAUGGUUUUCAAAAUGUAACAAUGACCACUAAUUUCUUUUACAACGUAUUUAUAAAACCUAACUCCAUUACAAAAGUACUUUCUGUAACAAAUCUACACAUACAAUUUUCAUUUUUCUUGCUUACAAUCCAAAUAUUUGAAAAGAUAUACAUGUAUGAAGUUUUGACUUAGGACAUGUCCAAAUUGACAUAUUUUUUUCACUGGAAGGGGUAUACCUUAUAUAUCUUUGUAUGAUUUCUUAGAAAAAUAUGACUGCACCUAUUAGUGCGAAUAUUUUCUUGAGAAAAAGAGUUGCUUCUGGGUACUGGGGCCAAUUUAUGUACCAACAAGUUUGUUCUGUAUGAAACUACUCUUUAUGAGAAAAACUGGGAAAAAAGAUUUUAAUGUUAGGAUGUCUGUGCAAAAAUUAUUAAGUAUUAUAUAAAUAUGUUUUGAGAACACAAAUAUUCUAACUGUCUGUGGACGAUAGGACUAACUGCAUACAAUUACUACUUGAGUUCCUUCAAAUUUUUAGUGCACAUAUUAACCAGAUCUUUUUCUAUUAUCUUUUUAUGGUAUAGUUGGGCACACAGUAUACACGCUUCUAGAUUUGUUUCCUUUUGAUAUAUGUGGUUGCCUCUGGCAUUCAAGGUGUUAAAUUCACAGCAACCAUUUUUCUUCCAGACCAUAAAAAGCUUAAUACUUGGACCAUAAGUUUAAUAGUGUAACCUCUGAAAAUUGGUUGGCUGCCUGCCACAGGAGUUCUAUUUGUUAACAUGCAUGAUGGAAGGCAGAUCAGUCCUAGUUUUGGUAGUUUUUCAAUAACAGGGUUGUAAUCAUCUAUUUUGUUAAAUAUAAUUUGCGUUGUUUAAAAACAAUGGGAAUUACAGGGUGGCAUAUUUCCAAUUUUAAGAAUCUGGGUGGCAUGAAACGCCGUGUUUUGAAGUGGCGUGUACCACAUUUUCUGUUUAGAUAUUACCAUUUUUACCAAUGUUAUAGUCAUGUUUAAAAUACUAAAUCGGCACUGUUUUGAUUAGCGGAGCACAUAAAAAAGAUUACUACCUUCCAUUCGGACCCACACGGUUUUGACCCAAAAGGUAUCUGCGUAGUCACAUCCAACUGGCAAGUUUAGGACUGGUGUAUCCUUUCCAAAAAAGUUUAGGACUGGUUUAACAAAUUUUGCCCGAAACAAAAGCCCCACCAUUUCCCCCAGAUCUUCUCCUCUAGCCAAUCCACCUCCGCCCCCACCAUGGACGCCGCCGCGAACUCCACCCCGACCUCCUCGGCAUCCACCGUGGCGCAGAACCAGCUGCACCAGCGCCAGAUCUUCCUCAUGCAGCAGGCCCAGGCCCAGGCGCAGGCGCAGGGGCAAGGGCACACACCGACGCUGCAGCAGCUGUCGCAGCAGGCCAUGUCCUUCUUCCCCUCCAACAUCGAUGCCCACCUGCCCCUGCCUGGCCCGGACUCCACCCCGACCUCCUCGGCAUCCACCGUGGCUCAGAACCAGCUGCACCAGUGCCAGAUCUUCCUCAUGCAGCAGGCCCAGGCGCAGGCGCAGGCGCAGGGGCAAGGGUACACACCGACGCCGCAGCAGCUGUCGCAGCAGGCCAUGUCCUUCUUCCCCUCCAACAUCGAUGCCCACCUGCCCCUGCCUGGCCCGAUCCGCUUCCAGCAACCCCUGCCCCAGCAGCCACCACCGCCGCAGCAGCAGAUCCACUCCUGGGGCCCGUCGCUGUUGCAGUCGUGGGCGUCCCUCCAGCAGCAGCAGCAGGCGGCAGUGGCAGCCGUGGCAAGGGUGCAGAGCCCUGAGGUUGAGAUGGCUCUGCAGGACGUGAUGCAGGUGUGCAACCCCGACAUCAAGACACCCUUCCAGUCCAUCGAGGAUGCCGUGAACAGGCUACUACCCUACCAUGUGGUUGCUGACUAUGAGGCUGAAGAAGAUGACAGAAUCCUUGACAGUGAUACAACUGGACAGAUUCCUUCGCGCCUGCAGCAAUGGGAUCAUAACAUUCUGGUCAAAAUUGCUGAGUUCACAACUACUUUUGAGAAACAAGUUUUGGCGUACAAUAUAAUGACCAAGAAAAGAGCCAUCGGCGAGUUCAGAUCAGAGGAGCGGCUCAUGCUGGAGCAGGCUUUGUUAAUGGAGGAAAAGCAAGCUAUGAUGGGGCUAAGAGCAGAGAUAGAAUCAAGGGAGAAAGCAGGUCGUGAGGCUGCUGAAGCUAAGAUGCGUAUGGCAAUGGCUGAACAAGCUCGAGCGGAGGCCCAAGCGCACUCGGAGAUGAUAGGUCAUGGCCCUUUGAGGGCCCAUGCUGCAGCGUCCCAAGGCGAAGAUGGCCCUAGUCAUGAGAUGAUGCAAGAGCAAGGUGAAGAUGGAUGGGGAAAUGCUCAAAGGGACGAUGAAGAUCCAUCUGAAGAUUUCCUUAAUGAUGAAAAUGAACCUGAGAAUGGGAACUCUGAUAUGCAAGAGGACUGGCGCAGAUCAGGAGAACUCGAUCUGAACUCUAGGUAAGAUUGGUGAGCUGGCUGAGAUUGUGGGGGAAAAAUAAGAACCAUGAAAGUAGGUGAAGGCAUGCGUUACAUCUGCCAAUAACUUUUAUCUCUAGUUAAGUACUUAACUGGUUGUAUGAUCCGAGGUUAAGUUAGCUGCCUUUGUGGCUGUAAGCUCGUGAUUUUAAGCUACCUGUUAGCUGCCCUGUUGUUAAACAGCGUGCAGAAUGUUGUGAUAGCCUCUUUUGUUUCACUUCACUCUGUUUUUUUAAGAUGCGUUGUUAGGAUGUUGGUUUUAUUCUUAGUUACUUCUGAUUUUCUA